CACCGCUGGCUGGACUUCUUUCAAGAAAACAGCUCUUUGUCUGAGUUGGAUAAAGGACGCGAAAGAUUUUCCUUUUUUUACAUGACGCUAUCAUUGUGUGUGAUCGUGGCCAAUACGAGGACACGUUAUUUCGAACUGAACAGCAUUUUGCUUUUAAAGAGGCCUGUGAUUCGUCGAAGUUGAUUUCCCGAGGAGACUCGGUGCCACCCGCCAUAACGAACGUAGCGUGCGUAAACUGUGCAUGAGUGACAGUUGCAUGAGAGGAGACUUAUGCCGACGGUUUGAAGAUAUGGAGGUCGCGCAAAAGCUGCAUUUCGACGCAUGCGACAUUCAGGACGAGGAGCUGAACAUCAGCUGUCGGACGAACAGCUCCGGCUGCGAUGUUGAUGAUAUUUUAGACUCAUCCGGGGAAGAUCUGGGAUGUUCACCCACGCUGCAGCCGAGGAAAUUGUUCGCAAACAUGAUGGACUGUAGUGACAGUGACAAUAAUCAAUCUAUGCUGAUUAAUAAUAAUAAGACGCCCAUGGGCAACUUUACAGGAACGUCAAGAAUUAAGAUCCCAUCGCGCGAAAAUACAUGCACCCAAAAGAUAUCAAUGGCAUGUAGUCCACCUUAUAAAAGGGUUAGAGCGUUACGCCUCUUCGACUCGCCAGCUACUCCAAAGACGUUAAUGGAAAAGAGCACAAUACAUACUCCAUUUCCUACUAAAUGCACUAGGUUAUUUACAUUAGAUAGGCCCAGACCUUGUAACAAACCUAAUGAGAAACCAGCUGCCAAUGUAAAUCCUUUCACGCCAAAUGGAAUGUUAUUAACUGCAAGAAAACGUACCAGGUCCAAACGUAGUCUAAAUGGUUCCCCAGAUCUAGAAAUUCCGAAGUUCGACCUCGUCGAUUCUGAGGACUCCGACAACGAAAUAGAACAGGCAACGAAACGCGUGGCGUUGCAGGAUUCGAAUAUACCGCGAUAUCAUCAAGAAUUCCAUGAACUAGGUUUGAUCGGGACGGGUGAAUUCGGCUCGGUGUAUAAAUGCAUCAAUCGGCUAGACGGAUGCAUCUACGCCAUCAAGAAAAGUAUUAAACCCGUGGCCGGAAGUAUUAACGAGAAGAACGCGCUAAACGAGGUGUACGCUCACGCCGUGCUUGGCAAACAUCAGCACGUUGUUAGAUAUUAUUCCGCAUGGGCAGAAGAUAAUCACAUGAUUAUUCAGAACGAAUACUGCAACGGUGGUAGCUUAGCAGAAGCGAUUGUCAAUUUGGAGAAGGAGAACAAGCGCUUCACAGAAGUGGAAUUACGACAAUUAUUACUGCACGUCGCCGAGGGUUUGAGAUACAUUCACAGUAUGCAAUUAGUUCAUAUGGACAUAAAACCUGGGAACAUAUUUAUUUCUAAGGAGAAGAGGCUACUUGCGGUUAAUUACGAUUCGGCCGAUGAUGGCUUCGAUGAGGAGGAGACGGUGGAAGAAGAGAUAACGUACAAAAUCGGCGAUCUCGGUCACGUUACAUCCGUCAACAAUCCUCAAGUCGAAGAGGGUGAUUGCAGAUAUUUGCCGACGGAGAUUCUACGAGAAGAUUUUAGUCAUUUAACAAAAGCCGACAUUUUUGCUUUCGGUUUAACUGUUUAUGAAGCUGGUGGCGGAGGAGCGUUACCUAAAAAUGGCGCCGAAUGGCACGAGAUUAGAAAUGGAAACUUGAAAGAGCUGCCACAUUAUAGUCGCGACCUAAACGAUCUUUUAAAAUCGAUGAUUCACCCGAACCCGGAAAUGAGGCCCUCGGCGGUGAAUCUUAUACAGCACAGAGUACUGUGCCCGUUUGGAAACAAAACCAAAGCUCAGCUUCGGCGGGAACUGAACGCGGAAAAGUUGAAGAACGAAAUCUUGUCGAAACAGCUACAAGAAGCAGCUAAAUGUUUGAAAACAAUUGCCCCGAACGUAGCGGCUAUUAAUAACACGAUGAACGCUGGAGGUUACAAAUUGAGACCUACGCCAACUAGAACGGCAUCUCGGACAGUGGGUAAAAAAGUUAAUAGAAGCAAUAGUACUACAAACUUUUGAACGUUAUAUUCGUGUCAUACUAGGACUAAAGGUGCUUAAGGGAAGCUAAUUUUCUUUUUUAAGCGCCUUGACAUUGUGAUAUGAAUUAAUUCUAAUUUAUAAGUAAAAAGUAUGAUCAGUAAUUGAUAGUACGAUACAGUACAGAGUGAAAUUGUACGAUAGCCGUGGGUAAUACUGUUGCAGCGAUGAAGAUAUUAUAUUUUCAAGGUUUUUACGCGUCACUGUCCCGGAGGCAAGUUUCAUUGAUUAUCAUUACACAGAAUGACAAGAAAUUCUGAAGCAUGUAAUCUUUAAAGGUUUCACUGAUGGGUAAUACAGUAUAUUACGUUUCGAUAUUUUCUUUUAUGUAUAAGAUAAAAAGUAGGUGCAUAAGACAAAAAAAAUUAUAAUUACUUUCGUUAUUAGACUACUAUGUAUAUGGAAUACCACAAAAUUUAUUCCUUCUUUUUAUAGACAACAAGAAUAAUCGUAUGAAACAUCUUCUCACGUGCCUUCAUUCUUCUUGUUAAAAGUUUUUAGUCCUAACAGUAUUAUGACAAGAGCGUAACGUCAAAGGGUGUGAAAGAAAAAUACGUUACUAACUAAUGUUUUGGCAUAUGAUUGUGUUAUACUUCCGUUCUUCUCGUUCUUUGCUCGGGUCAACGUUCGGGAGUAUCUACGAUGGACUGUGAAAUCGUUACAAAUACAUUAUAUUUUUAUAUAUAGAUAUAUUGCAUAUAAUAACGGUUCAGUGUUGUGUAUUGUUUUAGUAUUUAAUCUUAUUAACUAAUCUCUGUAUUAUCCAUCUUUUGCUCUAACAAUUUUUCGCUUCUCGCAUACUCGGACGAAAGACUGCCACUUGAAAACAUGAACUGAUGACAUUUUACAUAUUUGCAUGAUGUAAACUUUGUAUCUCGACGAUUUUUUAAAUUCAUGAUGCACGAAUCAAUGUUGUACACCGUUCUAAACGAUCUUUCUCUCCGAUUGUAGAUCCAUUGUAGAACUUCAUCCAAGCAUGAUUCCUAGCCCUGAAACUUACAAUUUCACUCUGUGCUUUCUUUAUACAAUAGCUCUUAAAAUCAUGAACGAUUAAAGGAGUGAAUCUGAGAAUAAAAUUUUUUAAGUCCAAAUUAUUUUUAUAACAUUUUUUUAUAGACUUAUUAUAUUUGGCAUGCUCUGGAAUUGGUAUUAUACAAUUUACACUUGUGUUUUCGAAUUACAUAUAUUGGAUAAAGUACUGGUGUAUAAUAAUCCGCGGCGUUCGUAGCAUAAGCAGUAAUACUACUGAUUAAGCGUUUCUUAUUUUAUUUACUAAUAUAAAAAUGUGAAUACCAAAUUCUCGCCUGUUCGACAAAUUCAAAUUUUGUAAGUUGAUCACUUUUUCCUUCCCUCGGGAAUGACAGAAGCUAACGAUUGAUCAUGAUUAGAAGCCCUCUUUCGACACCGAUUAAACCCCGUCGUGUACAACCCUUUUGACUUCUAGUUAAUAAAAAAAUCAAAGUUUU